AUGGUCCGCCACAAAAAGGACUUUGCCGCCCGCGGCCGCAAAUCCGGCCAUCGCGGAGGCGGCCCCGGACGAGCCUCGGGACCCCGUGACGGCGACGCCCCCGCGCCACCCGCCUUCCGCGCCGCCUGCUGGGACCUCGGCCACUGCGACCCUAAGCGCUGCUCCGGCAAGCGGCUGAUGCGGCUCGGCCUCAUGCGCGAGCUGCACCUGGGCCAGCGCCACAACGGCGUCAUCAUCACCCCCAAUGGCAAGCAGGUCCUCUCCCCGGCCGACGCGCCCCUCAUGGACCAGCACGGCGCCGCCGUCGUCGAGUGCUCCUGGGCCCGCACCGCCGAGGUCCAGUGGGCCAAGGUCGGCGGCAAGUGCGAGCGCCUGCUGCCCUACCUCGUCGCCGCAAACACCGUCAACUACGGCAAGCCCUGGCGCCUCAACUGCGUCGAGGCCCUCGCCGCCGCCUUUUACAUCUGCCGCCACCCGGACUGGGCAGAGCAGGUCCUCGCCCCUUUCCCCUACGGGCCCUCGUUUCUCGACAUCAACCGCACCGUCCUCGACAAGUACGCCGCCUGUGACGACGACGCCCACGUGAAGAGGACAGAAGCCGAGUGGAUGGAGAGGCUCGAGAGGGAGUAUGCCGAGAGCAGGGAGCGCGGCGCUGACGACAUGUGGACGAGCGGGAACACAAACCACCGGCUGCCCAAGUCCUCGGGAGACGAAGAAGAAGAAGAAGAAGACGACGACGACCAAGACGCUCAAUCACAAGACGGGCGGAGCAUCGACGGCAUAUACCUGGGCAAACGGCCCCUGGACCCCACACCCGCCGAAGCUCAAGCGACGGCGGAACUGGAGCACCCAUCCAACAGAGACCCCUUUGACAUAUCCGACGACGACGACGAUGCCGCCGCCAUGGCGGAAAUCCGCCGCAAGGUCCUCGCCUCCAAGACCUUUUCCAACCCCAACCCCGACUCCGGCCUCGACUGCUCCCAACAAGGCGGCGAUGGCAAGAAGAAGCCGGCCACCAUCAGCCGGCCCCAGCAGCGGCAUCAGUUUGCCGUCGACCUCGACCCGCAGCCCGACUCGGACAACAGCAGCCCCAGCGAUAACGAUGAUGACGAUAAUGACGAUGAUGAAGACGAUGAUGACUUUGACAACAUCAUCGAGGCGACGCCCGUGACGGACAAGAUUGGCCUCGCCAAGCUGGAAAAGGAUAGGAGUCGAGCCACGGUCUCGAGCAGGACGUAUUCCUCCAACGCCGUCUCUGCCCCGAGUCGGUGGUAG